AAGCUUUUUUUUUUUAUUUCUUCUCUCUCUCUCUCUCUCUCUCUCUCUCUCUCUCUCUCUCUGCCAUGGAGUGUGAACCUUUGUUAAGCACCUCCAAAAUCAUGGACAACCGCGAUGUACAAUACUUCGGACCUUCAAAAUCCUUCAGCGAUGUGGUAACCCUGACCCUGCAGAACACAGAGAUAGAAUCCUUGAAUCAAAAGCAGCAACAGCCGCCAUUGCCAGCUUCUUCGAAGAAGAAGAAACUGAGUCGUUGCAAAACUGCUCCAGCCAUGAUCACAAUGAAAGAAGUGAAAAAGAAAGAAGCGGAAGUUCCAAAACCGCAAAGCAGCUCGGUGAUCAGACAAGGGCUUAUCUUGCUUGUGAUAUACCUGUCUAUUGGAGUUGCCAUAUACUCCUUCAACAGGGAACGUUUCUCCGGCAUUGAAACACACCCUGUGAUCGACGCACUCUACUUCUGCAUAGUCACCAUGUGCACCAUAGGGUACGGUGACAUAGCUCCUCUGACCCCAGUCACAAAGGUCUUCGCUUGCGUCUUCGUCUUAGUUGGGUUUGGAUUCAUAGACAUACUCUUAAGCGGUCUCGUCAACUAUGUCUUGGAUUUGCAAGAAAACACCAUCCUUGCUGGCUUACAAAUGGGGUCUCCGAUUCAUCAGGAACAGCAACAAGAAGCAGGGUUCUCAGCAAGGAAUUACAUUAUUGACGUGGCAAAGGGGAGGAUGAGGAUAAGAUUGAAGGUUGGUUUGGCUCUUGGUGUGGUUGUUCUUUGCAUUGGGAUUGGGGGUUUUGUGCUCUACUCUGUGGAGGGUUUGGAUUGGGUUGAUUCCAUUUACUUGUCUGUUAUGUCUGUUACAACAGUUGGUUAUGGUGAUAGAGCUUUCAAGACUCGUCAAGGUCGCUUGUUUGCGGCUAUUUGGCUCUUGUUUUCGACCUUGAUGGUUGCAAGGGCAUUCUUGUAUUUGGCUGAAGCUAGAAUCGAUAGAAGGCAUAGAAGAAUGGCUAAGAAGGUUUUGCAUAGAGAUAUCACUGUUGAUGAUUGGCUUGCUGCUGAUAUCAACAACACUGGUUUCAUCAGUAAGUCAGAGUAUGUAAUUUUCAAGCUGAAAGAAAUGGGUAAAAUACAGGAAAAAGAUGUAAUGCAAAUAUGUGACCAAUUCAGGAAGCUUGACCCUUCUAACUGUGGCAAGAUUACACUUCCUCAUCUCUUGGGGGAUAACUCAUGACACAGUAUAAGAAGCACUUCAAUUCAGCCUAUAUCAUAACAUUCAUGUGUAUAUAUGCAUAAUUUUUCAGCAAAGGAAAGAGGAUAGGAAGCUCUGCAAGAAUUAUGCAGAUGUACCUUAUCUUGAUGUAGUGGGAGGUAUGAUUCAUGAAAUUAUUUGUAAGUAAGUUUUGUACAAAAAUAAAAAUCAAUCAAUUUGUAGAAAGGUUCUCUAGAAAGGAGAAUGCUUGAGACCCAUAUCA